UUUCCCAGUCCUGUUUCGCUACGGAAAUAUUUGAUGCGGAACAACUUCCGGAUUUCGUUUGACAUUGCAAGUACCGGUAGUUUUUAAUUUUGUUUUUUCAUUUCGCUUGCAUGGCGUCACUGUCUUUAAAUACGCUAAAACAAAUUAUGCGAGCUAUGAAAGACAAGCCAGGCUUCGACAGAGUCAUCGGCAAGGUGGCGGUGGUCUCUGCGGCGCCGGGCAAGGUGGUGUGCGAGAUGCGUGUGGCCGAGGAGCACACCAACGGCUUCGGGACGCUGCACGGCGGCCUCACCGCCACACUAGUGGACGUCAUCUCCACCAUGGCCAUCAUGUCGAGCGACAGGGGGGCGCCCGGAGUCAGCGUAGACAUGAACGUCACCUACAUGAAUGCGGCCAAGCUGGGCGAGGACGUGCUGAUCACGGCUCAGGUACUGAAGGAAGGGCGCACGUUGGCGUUCUCCACCGUGGACUUGACCAGCAAGGCCACAGGAAAGUUGAUUGCGCAGGGACGGCACACCAAACACCUCGGCAGCAGCUAAACGUGUCCACAUUUGCAUUCCCUCUUCAGUGCCAGAGGACAUGUAGAACACGUAUGACAACUUUUAUUUUGCCUUCAUUCUCACAUUAAAUCCUCUUUGUUUCACUUUAUUUUAUUUAAACAUUUUUGUAAUCCAUUUUAUGCCUUAAAAUCCUAACAGCUACAAAUAUCUUUAUUCCAGUAGUUUUUUUUAACCCCUAAAAAUGAUUUUUUAUGAAAUUCUCCCAAUAGUUAAAAAUUUUCACCUAUUUAAAAAGUUCAAACUUCUGCCUGAAAUUGCAAAUCAUAAAAAUGCUCAAAGUGAUCACAAAACAUAUUUUAAAAAGCCCCGUUGCAUAAUUUUGGUUUAUUUCGGGCCCCGAUGAGAUUUUUGCAUGGCAGGCCGCAAAGAGUCAAUUGUGCAAUAACAUUAAAAAAAAAAAGAAAAAGUGGAGACAAGUGUUGCGUUGACAAUUUGUAUUGAUAUAUGCUCAGCAGUAUUGAUCAACAGAAGAAAAAAAAA